CCCACCAAGACGAUUAAAAACGCCAUCGAUAAUAACUACGUUUGCCACGUAAUUUUAAUAUAAUCGAAUUCUCAACCAACGGCUACCCAACGGGGAAUCAUCAAUAAUUAAAAAAAAAUCCAGCAUAACAAAUACGUUAUUCGCUCCCACUCACCAUUCCCCAAGCCACCUGGGCAGCCGAUCUACACUAAUCGUGAGACCCAGUUAAAAUUUUCUUACUUUUGCUUCAAUUUUCAACUCAAAUUUCUUUGAUUCCAAGGAAACAUCCCCUCAACACUGCUUUUUCCAUUUGCUUUCUGAUAAUUGCGAUAAGAUUUGUCUUCCAGCAUUAAGUAAUGUAAUCGAGCUUAUAGAUUCUUGGGCUUGUUCUGUUCUGUUUAUUUUAGCUCUUUCCCGAGUACCCAUCAUUUGUAAUAUAUUCUUCCUGUCUUCAUCUGUCCUCUUCUUCUCUAAUUUACAUACUUGUUGUUGUUUUCCCCCUUCUACAUUAGGCAUGUUGUCUCCGGUUUAAAUUCCAGUUUUAGGGGUUUGAAAGGCCUGUAAUAGGGGGAAAACAUAUAAGCUGCAGUAUUGUCCAGUCUUGUCCCUAAAGUGCUUUGAAGCGGGUUUUUAGCAGGGGAACAAGGGUAAAUCUCAGGGUAACAGUCAGAUUCCUGACGAAAGAUAUGCAGCUUGCUUUUUAAUAUUGACAAGCUUUGUAUCUGUAAAUCUGAAAAGGGUAUUGAUUGGUUUGAGGCUUCUUUAUUUCAGAAUGUAUUCUAAGUUGAAGGAAGUUCAUUUGGUGGGGAAGUUUACUUCUGCAUUGUCCAGGCCAGUGCUGGAUCUGGGGCACUGCAGGGGUGAGAGCAGUGUGAAACCGCAGGAAGACAGUGAGGAAGAAGAAUUAAGUAUGGGAUUAGCUACAGAAGACAGAACCCCUGCCCAAGAGGAGGCCUUAAAAAAACUAACAAUGGUAUUGAGGGAAACAGGGCUUCUAAGAAGCAGAGACAAUCAGCAGGAUCUGAUGAGGUUUCUGAGGGCUCGUUCUUUUGAUGUUGGCAAGGCCAAGACCAUGUAUGAGGCAAUGGUGGAGUGGCGUAAAGAGAUUGGUGUUGAUGCCAUCAAAGAGACCUUCCAAUUUCCUGAAAGGAAGCUAACGAAGCAGUUGUACCCUCACUUCCAUCAUAAAACAGACAAAUUGGGUCGGCCUGUGUAUAUAGAGAGGUUAGGUCAGCUGCAAUUGGAAGAGUUGUUGAAAAUUACCACAUUUGAUCGAAUGCUCUUGUAUCAUAUCAAGGAAUGGGAAAUUCUUAUUGAUUGGAAAUUUCCUGCCUGUUCGAAGAAAGCUGGAAGAACUAUUAACCAGUCACUGACCAUUUUGGAUCUAAAAGGAGUGUUGUGUACUCAAAAGUUCAUAAAGUCAAUCACGGUUCCCAGAGCUGGUCUGAUGGUCUGAUAGCUUAGGUGUUAUUCCUAUACCAGCCGAAUAAAUACUUCAGAAUUAAUAGUAAGUACACAAUAUCUGUGCUUAAAGAUAUUUAAUUGAAAAGCCAUGUAUGAUAAGAUUUCUACUAAAAAGAUUAAUUUUAAUCUGACGGGUAGAAACAUAGUACGUUUCUAUGAUUGGAAUGGCAGGCAUCCAUAUUUUGUUGCAAAUAGGAAUCGCUCCUGCUAACUUCCUUGGAUGAUUUCAAUUUGGAUGAGAUCAGUGGAGUCACGUUUCUUAUGUUCUUACUACAGUGGUUGCAUUGUUGUGGAGUUGAAGUAGAGGGACCCAACAAAUCUAAUCCAUUUGCUUGCAUGGAGCCUAAUAGGGAAGGUACAUUGUUGGGUUUUGGCUCCUUAGAUGUUGUCGAAGGAUUCAAACAUUUUGAGUCGUAAAAGAUCUCUUUUCAACAUUCAUAGUGCAGGCAUCCAUUUUGGACUAUCAUUGGAAUAGCAGGCAUCCGUAUUGUAUUCCAAACAGGAAUCGUUCUUGCUAACUUAUUUAGAUGAUUUCAAUUUGGAUGAGAUUUGCGUAGUCA